AUGGGUCUUUCGAUUAGCCCGCAGACGCUGAAUACCCAAGCGGUCAGACGGAGGCACCGGAGUCUGCGGAGGCGCAUAGGACGCUGUUACCGCCGCAUUGUUUUUAUGCACCGAUAUUGGAUCUGUGGACGGCGUAGGCGCCGUGGAGGAAAGAUCGACGUCAUCGGAGGAGAGAGUUCCUCGGACGAGCGUGACGCCUUCGAUACGACAACGCGGAACACACCCCUUGGAGUCACCCUGGUGAGAGACUACCUGGCUCAACAAAAAGGGUACAGCCCGCUAGUCAAAGAAGAAGUCUACAUAGCCAUCCGCACCGCGGAGAUCGACGUACGACACUGUCCCACGAAAGCCCCCACUGACUCUCGGCGGAUCUAUGCCAGCGUAGGCGUGCCUGACGAGUACAAGCGGUAUGUGAUUCAUCGCGCGGCGGAUUUGGGUGUUAGUAACAACUACCACUCGGACCGAUUCUUGGCGGAGUUGCAGCAGCGUGUGUUCGGGGGCUCGGUGCCUGAGCGGAUUGAGGGCGACUUGCCGACCUUUACGUAUGGCUUUUUGGGUGCGGAGAAGGAGUUACAUCAGAAGGCGAAGAAACUGGAUUUCGACGUGGAUCUUGGUCGGGCGGUGGUCCACCAUACGGCCAUGGCCUCGACGGGGUCCUUUGUGGGCCCGCUACGGUCAAGCUACAAUGUGCGCGGCAGUAGCUUAGCGCCCGGCGGCGGAGUUCCCCGACGCGUUAGCGAUGGGCUGGAAGGGCACCGGGGCAUUCCGCGAACAGAUAGUGACACCCAGUUACUCUUAACCACGCCCGAUGCACUCGUUCAGCACACCACCCGUCCCUCCGCCAUGGCCCUCGCCACCGUCGGUUCCUUCGCCCGUAUCGGGUCCUUCACACACCUCGGCUCCUACAACCAACUCCAGAAAAUGGCAUCGCACGCUCACAAUCGCACCCACCCAAGCGGGGCUGGAGUCAACGGCACCCACCCAAGCGGGAUCCACCCAAGCGGGAUCCACCCAAGCGGGAUUCACCCAAGCGGGAUUCACCCAAGCGGGAUCCACCCAGGUGGAGUUGUGGCUGAGCCCCCCCUAGUCACGACGGCACCGAGCAACCUCUUUGCCAGCGGCCAGGGCAGCGCGCAGAUGGGAGGCUCCGGCCCGCUCCUGUCGGGACUGACUGUCGGCGCCUUGGUCAGCACCACGCCCAUGGGCGCGCGAGCGGCGGCGGACCCGCGAUCGGACCCGCGGGAGUGGGACACGCGGGCCUCGGACCUGCGGUCGUCGAAUCCGCGACCAUCGGAUGCGGAGACGACGCGGGGGUGUGGUCCGUCUUCGGACUGCGUAGUGGACCUCGUGGCGGGUGAAUACCGGGCACGUGAGUACCGGGCAGGUGAGUACGGGACGCAGUCGUCUCGAUUGCCUGGAUCGUUUGUGGCGGGUCGCACGUUAAGUAAAUUACAUUCGAUCAGCAUGGACGCGAAUCGGCGCACGUAUUUGUCGCUGAUGUCGAUGACGGGAGUGGACGCGGGGCACGUGAGUAAUCACGUGUUUGAGGAGACGACAGUGUAUGCGUCGGUCUUGACAGCGGAAGGCCAGAAUGUGGCGAAAAAGAUUUUGUGGAUGGUGAGUAGUUACUUCCCGCAGUUGGAGUUUGCGCCGGUGCUGGUACCAUUGACGUGCAUACUACUUUACUACGUUGGUGAGGGAGAGGCGGUGGCCACGGUGAUUUACGUCUUGGAACGGUCUGUGGAGAUUCUGAAGAAAGAUAAGACCACUCGAGCGUUCCUGACUCUGCGGAGGUCUGAGUUUGUCCGGCUUGUGAAGCAGGCGGUGGCGAUAAGUGAAAAACACCUUAGUGCACUUGUGGUCCACCUCGAGGAACUUGGGGUGGAUCUGCCGGCAUGGUUGGCGAGAGGCUUGCAAGACGGCUUUAGUCGAUUGUUGCCGUUCGAUCUCUUGGUACGCGCUUACAUGGCGUUUCUCUACGACGGAGUGAAAGUGUUCUUACGUUAUGCGAUUGCCAUGCUCAUGAUGGCUGAAGACCGUCUAAUGGCUUGCACUACGGCCAUCGAGGCCAAUCAGGUGCUGCUGUUCAGAGAAUUUCGCUCCUGCGAUCCCGACCUACUGAACGACUUAACCAAACUCGCUUUUAAACUACGGAUCCGCAAGUCUAAGAAACCCAUACAUGAAUAUACCAGCGCUGACGUACCUACUCCCUACCUCACGGAGACUGCCAUCCCCCGCUUCUAUAGACCCAGACUCUACAAUGUCUCCGACAUACUCACUGACCACAUGUGGACCUGCAUCUGGCGCUGGCUUCCCAAUCAAUUCCGAAUUCUAGACCCGUAUUUGCGGUUUACUACUGCCACCGACGGGUGUUCAGUCAAUGCCCUCAUCCGAGCUAUCUGGCCGUACUUUGAGAUGCCUAUGAUUGCCGCGCUACUGACCCAAGACCGUGACAUAGUGGUGCUUCAUUCCCCUGUCACAUUCCGACCCGAUUAUAAGAGCGUCAUGGACUCCGUAGACCUCUCAAAUUCAUUCAUCGCUAGACUCACCAAGGAUCGAACACCCAGGGUCUAUUACCAUCAAGGACCUGGCAAACGGAUUAUGAUUGUCACAGAGUCCAUCAUAUUUGGCGACCCGUAA